AUGGGAGAAUAUACAUGCUCUGCCCCAGUUGACUGUGAGAAGAAAAUUAAUUUAGACAACCUAAAGGGAAGGACAGCAAUUGUGACUGGUGGUGCAAAUGGAAUAGGUCAGGCUUAUGUUAGGGCACUCGCUACAGCUGGAGUCAACGUAUGCAUUGGAGACAUGGAUACUGAAACAGGCUCCAAGUUGGCAUUAGAACUCGGACAUGCAAAAUUUGUGAAAUGCGACGUUACGAAAUGGGAGGAUCAGCUUAAAUUGUUUACUGAAGCGGCGUCGUUUACCGGAAAAGUGGACUAUGUUGUCGCCAAUGCAGGGAUUUGUCUUAAUGACGAAAUUUUCACCUUUGCUGGUAAAGAUCAGGAGCCCACGAAGCCAGAUUUGACUACUGUUGAUGUUAACUUGAAGGGGGCAUUAUACACUACCAAACUGGCGCUUCAUUACUUCAUUAAACAAAAUGGAGAGACUCCAUCACCGCAACAAGAGGAUACAUGCCUCGUAUUGAUAGGUUCCGGAGCAGCGUUCCUGGACUGUCCCAGAGGCCCUGUGUAUCCCAGUACUAAAUGGGCUAUGCGAGGUAUCAUGCAUUCUUUGAGGAGAACAGCCUUUUACUACGGUAGCAGGGUUAAUGUGAUCUCUCCCUGGUAUGUCAAAACCAAGAUAUUAUCAGAAGAUGCUUUCGCGCACGUAGCCAAGUCUGGAGUGCAAUUCGCCGAACCAGAGGACGCAGGAAAGUGCCUGCUGCGUAUCCUAUCCGAUCAAAAGAUAAAUGGUAAAUCAUUUUUCCUCUCGGCUAGGAAAUGGGCAUCUGCAGGAUUUCUCGACUUGGAUAUUGACGAUUACCCUGGGAAUGAACUCAUUCAAGAAAUCCAAGUAGACCAGAUGAAGUCGGCUCCUGUGUCGGAGGGUCUCUUCUUACAAUGA